AUGGGGUGUGUGAUAUCAGUCAUCUUGUUUGUCUUGUGCAUGAACCUUGGGCAUGAACACCUAAAGUCUAAGGUUCCGAGAAGCAUUGAGUUCAUCAAGGAUGACACACCGAUACCAACUCUGAAGCUGUUUAUGGACGAUAGCUGUCUGACGACCGCACGUGCAGAGGAUAUGCAAACGUUACUCAAUGUGUUUCAGAAGUACGUGGACUGGUCCAGAUUUAAGUUAAAGUCCUCCAAGUCCAGAGCACUGGUGUUGAAGAAGGGAGUGGCUGUGAGGUGGGUUGAGGAGGUAGUGGUAGGAGAGGAGGAGGUGGAGAGAGAAGAGGUGUGUUUGCAGUUGGGUGGUGAGGUGAUUCCGAAUGUGUCAGAGAAGCCGAUAAAAUUCCUUGGGAGAUGGAUAAGAGUGGAAGGAAAUGACAAAUCAGUCAUCGACUCAACCAAGGUCGACCUUAACACUUUUCUUCGGAGACUCGAUGAAAGUUCCCUUACUGGACUCCAGAAGUGCUGGGGAUAUCAGUACAUGGUCCUUCCAAAACUGAAGUGGCCUCUUGCCAUCUAUGAUAUUCCGAUCACAACAGUUACCAGAUGGGAACAGAAUACCAAUAGUUUCCUCAGGAAGUGGUUAGGGGUGGGGCACACUCUGAGUGGUCUUUGUCUGUUCAGUCAAUCAUCCAGUGUGGCCUUACCGGUGAGCAGUUUGACAGAUACAUGGAAGAUAGAGAAGUGUCGACUGUUGCAAUCCUAUCAGACAUCUAAGGAUGACCUGAUUAAAGCAGUCCAGCCCCAAGUUCGUUCUGGUAGAGUUUGGAGGCCUGAGACAGAACUGGAAGAGGCCAGAAGAGAUUUGGUCUGUGAAUCGGUGCGAGGGAUGGUGCAACCUCAAAAAAGAGUUGGCAUCGGUUUUGGUGACUGGAAAAAACCUUGGGAGAGGAUGGAUGAACGGGAAAGAGAGAGGGAGGUUAUGCUGAGAGUGAAGGAGAACAUUGAAAGAGAGAGGGAGGUGCAAGUAGGUUCUCUGGAGAUGCAGAGCAGGUGGGGUGAGUGGAGAGAGCUCGUAAUGAAGACGGAUUUGAGCUGGCAUACACUUUUUAAGUAUGGUGACUCACUUAUUGGGUUCAUGCUAAGUGCUGUGUACGGCACCCUCUUAACCCCCUCUAUGGUUUCCAAGUGGAGUGAAGAUGAGGAUGGGAAGUGCAAGUUAUGUGAGGAGAGGAUGGGCACCAUUCAGCACAUUUUGGCUGGGUGUAAGGUGGCCCUUAGUCAAGGAAGGUAUAGAUGGCGGCACGACAAAGUUCUGAAGCAGAUCUCUGAACAGGUUGUCUUCCAUUGUGAUCGCCGAGUGAACACUUAUAAGAACAAGGCCGGCGAUGGAAGGCAGUUCAUUGAUUUUGUUCCUGCUGGGAAAAGAAAAGCAGGUACAGACGACCGGAAGGAGAGUCGUGGUUUUGGGAUCCUGAGUGGGUAUCGGGAUUGGAUAGUGCUGUCAGACCUUGAGGGGCAGCUUAAGUUUCCCAGUGAGAUUGUGGAAACACGGCUGAGGCCGGACCUUGUGAUAUUCUCAAGGUCGGCAAAGACAGUUAUUUGGUGGGAGCUAACAGUACCAUCUGAAGAGCGGAUCGCUGAAUCGCACGAGUACAAGCUCGACCGAUACAGCGGUCUGCAGGCUGAGAUUCAGGCGGAAGGUUGGUGCUGUUAUAAUGCCGCAGUCGAAGUUGGAGCUAGGGGAGUGGUUGCGCAGAGUUUGGAGAGAGCUGCGAGGAGGAUUGGUUUUAGGGGAAGAGAGCUGAAGAAGCUGGUACGGGACAGUGGGAAAGAGGCAGCCCACUGUUCCAGAUGGAUCUACUUGUUAUCGAGAAAGAGGGAGUGGGAGUUCAGGAAGGUUGGAGCUUGA